UAUUAUAUUUCAGAGCUACACCCACCCAAAUACAAACAUCCACACAACUCUGUAUUCUUUGAGAAAAUAAUAGUAAUAAUAAUGUCUCCAGCACCAAGUUUUCCUAUCAAGGUUGGCCACAUUGAUGAUGUCCAAGAAUUGAGGAAGACUAGGCCAUCUUAUAUUCCUGAAAGGUUUGUUAGGAACAUGACAGAAAGACCAACACUCACUACUUCUCCUCCUUCAUGUGACCUUAAAAUCCCAGUCAUCGAUUUAUCCAAACUCUCCAACCAAAACAACAACAAUUCUCAAGACUUCUUCCUCUCUGAACUAUCCAACCUCACCCUUGCUUGUCAAGAAUGGGGAUUUUUUCAGGUGAUAAAUCAUGGGGUUGAGGUGAGUUUACUUGAGAGCAUGGAGAGAAUGGCUAUGGAGUUUUUCAUGAUGCCUUUGGAGGAGAAGCAGAAAUAUCCAAUGGCCCCAGGAAGUGUGCAGGGAUAUGGUCAAGCAUUUGUUUUCUCUGAGGACCAAAAGCUUGAUUGGUGCAACAUGUUUGCACUUGGACUAGAGCCCCAUUACAGUAGAAACCCUAAACUCUGGCCCACAAAGCCAGCUGCUUUCAGUGAAACAGUGGAGGCAUACUCAAGAGAAGUAAGGAAACUAUGCAAGAAAUUGUUGAAAUACAUAGCCACAAGCCUGGGGUUGAGUGGGGAUGUGUUUGAAGAAAUGUUUGGAGUGGCUGUCCAAGCAGUAAGGAUGAACUAUUACCCACCAUGCCCCAGGCCAGACCUUGUUCUGGGGCUCAGCCCCCACUCUGAUGGAAGUGCCAUUACAGUGUUACAACAGGGAAAGUGCAGCAACUCAGUUGGACUUCAGAUACUCAAGGACAAUGCUUGGAUUCCUGUUCAGCCUAUCCCAAAUGCUCUUGUCAUUAAUAUUGGAGACACCAUAGAGGUUCUAACAAAUGGAAGAUACAAGAGUGUGGAGCAUAGAGCAGUGACAGACAAAGAAAAGGACAGGCUUUCAAUUGUCACAUUUUAUGCCCCAAGCUAUGAAAUAGAGGUGGGGCCAAUGCCAGAAUUAGUGGAUGAAACCAACAACAACCCCUCCAAGUACAGAAGAUAUAACCAUGGAGAUUACAGCAGACAUUAUGUUACCAACAAGCUUCAAGGCAAGAAAACCUUGGAAUUUGCCAAGAUUAUUAAUUAACUAAUAACUAAUCUCACAAUUGUUAGUUGCCCUAUUUGUAACAUAAUGUCAUUAAUGUAGUACAACACUUAUUGUUGGGAUAUUUCGGUUAGUCAUCACAAGGUUCCAAAUUCGAGUUCUUAUCAAAUUUGUCUAUUUGUCUUC